AUGUCUAAGGUGAAGGCUGCAUUAAGUUCUAAAGAGAUUCAAAAGAGGAUUGAUGAUACGCCUGAUGACAAUGGUGAUGGACUGUUUGUAAGAGGAAGAGUACCAAGGGAUACAAAGGAAGUUGGUUCAGUGAUCUUCAAGUUGCAUGAUGGAGUCAAAGAAAAAGUACUUAAUGUUAAGAUGGAAAUGUUUAGAGAAGGAGGCUCCACCUCGAGACCUCCGAUGCUGGAAGGAGCCAAUUAUCCAUACUGGAAAACUAAGAUGCGUGCUUUCUUGAGAGCUGUAGAUGAAAGAGUUUGGAUGUCCAUAGAGGAAGGGUGGUGGAAACCAACGAUGAUGGAGAAUGAAAUUGUUAUACCCAAACCCAUGAGUCAAUGGACCACUGUUGAAAUGGAAAGAGCGAAUUUCAACUCAAAGGCUCUUCAUGCCUUGUUUAAUGCCGUCUCCACUAACCAGUUGAAGGUUAUAGCCAAUUGUGAAAUUGCUAAGGAAGCAUGGGAGAAGCUAAAGAUUAAGAACGAGGGAACUGAUGCUGUCAAGAAAUCAAGGCUGCGUGCCUUGGCAAAGGCUUUCGAAAAUCUUACCAUGGAGGAGGAUGAGUCUGUGGCUGAAUUCCAUGCAAAACUUUGUGACAUCUCUAAUGAAUCAUAUGCUCUGGGGAAAACUUACUCUAACUCGAAACUGGUUCGAAAGGUGCUUGGUGUCCUCCCCAGAAGAUUCAUGUCCAAAGUUACCUCUAUCGAAGAAAUGAGAAACAUUGAGGAACUCGAUCUUGACGAACUCAUCGGGUCUUUGCAAAACUAUGAGCUAUCACUGUCUAGGUGGAAGAAAACCAAGAAACAAAAGGAGGUGGUGAAAGAAAAGUCAGAUGCUGGCAUUGCACUUAUUCACCAAGAAAACAAGAAACUUGUUCUCGAAUAUUUGAAUGGCAUUACAGAUGAAACGGUUGCCUUGUUAACAAGAAACUAUGCAAAAUUCUUGAAAAAGAACUACAGGAAAAAUUCACCAGCUGACAAAGAAAAUCUUCUCAAGAGAAACAAAGGAGUAAAUUUCAAACCAGGACAAGCCUCAACUGAUCAAAAGGGCCGAGGAAUUAAGUGCAGAGAAUGUGAUGGAUAUGGUCACAUUCAGGCUGAGUGCGCCAACACACUAAAAAAGAAAAAGGCCCUUGCAGCAACUUGGAGUGAUAGUGAUGAGGAAAAGAACUCCACAGCCAGUGAAGGAUCAGAUGAGGAAAAGCAGGUACUGGCAUUCAUGGUCCAAAGCUGUAAUCCAGUUGAGUCUGAAGAUGAUGCAGUCUUCACCUCAUCAGAAGCAGAUAACACAGGUCGUCAACAUGCUUAUGAAGAAAUGUUUGCACAAUGGGAGUACAUGACUAAACAGAUUCGUGCCCUAAAGAACUCCCUAGAGCAAGUGGAGACUGAAAAAGGAAAGUUAGAAGACACUGUCAAAAAUCUCAACCGACUUCUUGAUGCAAAGGAGAAUGAGAUCUACAAACUCACAGCUGAUCUAAUCCGAACCAAGCAAGCUUUACAGUUCAUUCCCCCAGGCACUCCUGCUAUCAAUCAAACCCUACAGCUUCAGAAGCCCUAUGGAUCUUAG